CUUCGUAGAGCGAUACUUCGUCAUUUUCGCAUCCGUGCGAAAUCCCGAACGAACAAGCGGAGCGAGCCGCGUCGCCAUCUUUAGGAACGGUACCGACUAUCUCCGCUAUCGCCGCCUGCUUCGCUUUAAGAGCUUAAAAUCAGUCCGCGACUAUAGUAAAAGAAUUCGUGUGUUUAGUGCGAUAGCGCGUACUUUGUUUUCUAUCGCGAGAAGAUGCGAUACACGUUUGUUCGCGAUGUUCAUUUAAUACGUCCGAGUCAAAGUUUGUGGUGUGCGUGUCGCGUAAGUUGAGCAGACGACGUUUCGCAAGCGUUCCGAGGGUUGAGAGCGAUCGAAACCGACGUCAUUCUCUAGUUCCGUUCGACCCUUGUUUCAAACUGUCGUUCCGGAGUUGCGAUUUAGCCACUCGGUACUAUUACUGUGAGAACCGACUAGUGUUUAGUGUUUUGAUUUGUCGAACCAGUGGAACGAACACGUCAAAGAAAGUUGCUGCGGUGUACGAGAGUACAGCGACAAGUUAAGGCAGAAAUAAAGAGAGAAGGAUAAGAAAGGAAAGACUGAGACAGCUCUAGUAGACGACGACAACGACGGGCUAGUACAAUUGACAGGAAAGAUGGCGCAAGGUGCGGACGAGGAUUAAUGCUGACCCAUUUUUCCGCGCGAAAUCGCUCGGUCUCACUUUGUCGUACAAUUAAGGGACCACGAAGGUUCGUACCGAGUGCGAGAAGUCGUACGGUUGUUAUUAAGUGAAUCGAAUACUGGCGAAAAAAGGGAAGGAUAGUCCGCCAUCGGUAGGAGUGUAUCCAUCGUGCAGUGCGCGCGUGUGCCCUGUUCUUGCGUAAGUGUGAGUGCUCUCUCGGACGUUUAUAGGUCUUGUAGGGCCAGCAUUGACAAGUAUAGGAUAGAAACAUUGCGAAUCGUUGGUGACGAUAGGAGAGAGUACGGAUAGUGGAGGAAAGUAGUAGAAGGUAGCAACAAUUUUGAAGAGAGUGGAGAUUGGCAGGGCCGUGGUAGGCUCGACUACGGAAGAGGGCAAACGAAAACGAAAACGAAGACGCGGUCUUCUGGAACUUCUUGAGCUGUGUAGAGCCCUGGCAGGCUCGUGUACGAGCGCGGCUGCUAAGAUGGGCAACAAUGCCGCGACUGCAAACAAAAAGGUUGACGCUGCCGAGAGCGUCAAGGAGUUUCUUGACAAGGCAAAGAAAGAGUUCGAGGACAAAUGGAAAAGAAACCCUACAAAUACUGCUGCCCUUGACGACUUUGAACGAAUCAAGACACUGGGCACCGGCUCGUUCGGCCGUGUCAUGAUAGUGCAACACAAGCCGACCGGAGAGUAUUAUGCCAUGAAAAUACUCGACAAGCAGAAGGUCGUGAAACUUAAGCAAGUUGAACACACGCUUAACGAAAAGAGGAUACUGCAGGCGAUUAGCUUCCCGUUCCUGGUUUCAUUACGGUUUCACUUCAAGGAUAACUCUUAUCUUUACAUGGUCCUCGAAUAUGUCCCAGGAGGGGAGAUGUUUAGCCAUCUACGAAAGGUUGGUCGCUUCUCGGAACCACACUCGCGCUUUUACGCGGCACAAAUCGUAUUAGCGUUCGAGUACCUUCACUACCUCGACUUAAUCUAUAGGGACCUCAAGCCGGAGAAUCUGUUAAUCGAUUCACAGGGCUAUUUGAAAGUCACGGAUUUCGGCUUUGCCAAAAGGGUACAGGGUAGAACAUGGACCUUAUGUGGCACGCCGGAAUAUCUCGCGCCUGAAAUAAUUCUCAGCAAAGGAUACAACAAAGCUGUAGACUGGUGGGCGCUCGGUGUCCUCGUCUACGAGAUGGCUGCCGGUUAUCCACCAUUUUUCGCUGAUCAACCAAUUCAAAUCUACGAGAAAAUCGUGAGCGGAAAGCCACGAUUUCCCUCGCACUUUGGAUCCGAUCUGAAAGACUUACUACGUAAUUUGCUGCAAGUCGAUCUAACCAAGAGGUACGGUAAUCUGAAGGCCGGUGUAAACGAUAUCAAGGGUCACAAGUGGUUCGCCAGUACCGAUUGGAUAGCUGUCUUCCAAAAGAAAAUCGAGGCCCCGUUCAUACCAAAAUGCAAAGGGCCGGGAGACACAAGCAAUUUCGAUGACUACGAGGAGGAGACGCUGAGGAUUUCGUUGACGGAGAAGUGUGCCAAGGAAUUCGCCGAAUUUUGAAUUCCCACAUUGAUUCAAGAUGGUCACACGUAUCGCGUAUACAUUCAUACGCGAUGGUUCGUCGCUCGCUGCUCGCUUUUCUUCGGGCGAGGGAUAUAGAUGAAGUAAGAGAGCGGGAGGAUGGGAGCGAGUAGUGUAAACGAGAGAAUGUAUUACAUGUAUGCAAGAUAGAAAGAAAGCGUAUACAGGUGUGUGCGUGCGCGUGUAUGAUUCUGUGCGUUUGCGGGCACGCUCGAUGCAAUAGUUUUAUAGAGGAAGGAAGGUGGCUUAGAAGAGUCGAGAAAGGGAAAGAAAACUAAGGAAGACGAGCACGUAAGAAGCAGAUGGCAGAUUUUGCGCUUUAUUUUGUGAUUGUGGACUUCUGAGAAGAGCGGAAAUGGAAAGAGUAUACGAAGGAAACACGGUAAUCGACGUCGUUGAACGUAUUGAGAUUGACAGAAAUAAAAGAGAUAUAAUAUAUUGGAAAAAAUUACGAUAUAUUGCAUACACAGAUAUCAUAUAUAAACACACAUACACAUACGCGUACGCGUGUGCUCACACUCAUAGUCACUGUCACCACUACGACUUUUUACAAGAGAAACAUCUUUUUUUUCAGCCAAGUAACUGACAUUAUUGACGUAUGAGAAUGACGAUAUAUAUAUAUAUAUUUAUUUAUUUAUUAUAUAUAAAUAUAUAUAUAUAUAUAUUUACACGUAUAUGUGUGUGUUCCCUAAGAUGGCUUUAUUAUCCGGUUUAUUAGAGGCGGCGUGUGUAAAGAUUGCUCUCGAUAAGUACUAUUAAUAUCGGAAAACGUGGUUUUACCGGAAUUAUUUUGUACAUACAUCUAGUGUCCCCGUAAUCUUUAUGAAUGUUCCCCGACCCCCUUUUACACCACGCCCCUCUACUCCAUCGUCCUGCCUCUUUUAGCACAUACAAAGUUUAUAAAAAAGGGACUUGACGGGAGAAAAUGGAUAUAAAAUACACCAACAAUUAAUUGUCAUGUCGUGCAUUGUUGUCUAUCUGUCUACGAGCAUUUUUCUCUUCAUUCUCGUUGGGAGAAAAGUUUUUGCCACGAUACGAACCGUAUUUAUAAUAGCUAGUCGUCACACGAUUAUUUUGCUGAAGUAAUAUUUAUAUGACUCGUUUUUCAUCGAUCGAGAAGGGCGAGAACGAGAGGGUGGGAGAACAGGGGGGAAAGAGAGAGAGAGAGAGAGAAAGGUAGACCUUUAUUAUAGCAUAUUAUGAAUCUUAUUAAAAGAGAAAAAAUGAAAAAAAUACUCGUUAUAUACUGGCUACAGAUGCUCGUUGUUGAAUUAUAUUGUACCUUGCAUAAAUGAUACAGGAAAAAUAGGAACGAAGAGACGAAAGGGAGAGAGAGAGAGAGAGAGAAAGAAAGAAAGAAAGAAAGAGAGAGAGAGAGAGAGAGAGAGAAAGAGCGAGAAAAUGAGAGUAUUUGUGAAAAUGCGAUCGACGGGAGUACGAGCAAAAUAAGGAUUCAUUUUUGGAACGUUUUUAAUAGAGGACCACCGGCGUUCGUACAUAGAUACGUUAUAAGAGUAUUCGUAUAUAAUUAUAUCGCCUUAAGUUGCUGUAUGCAAAAAAAGCAACGUUAUCUUUUAUAUAGAGCUGCACUUUUAGUACGAAAUGUAAACGUAUGGACAAUCCUGUAUUUGUGCAAGAGGAAAGAGAAACGAACGAUGCACACGCGCGAAAUGGCCAAAGGAAAUUGCGCGUGUACGUGCACGUGGAGUGAAAAUUUCAUUUAACGGGAUACAAAAGCGUGUUAAAACAUGAUCGCGAGAAGACUGUCCAAAAAAA